AUCAUCUUUAGAAGACUGGAUUUCUGGAUAUCUACUUCACUCCUGUAUUGACUUUUAAGACAUGAUAAUGCGAACCUGAAAUACUGGCAAUCAUCCAUGAAGUGUUACUUGCACUGAUUAGUAGCAUUUCAAGCUUCCUCAGGGAGUAAACGAUGACAUCAGCAGUGGUUGACAGCGGAGGUUCUGUUUCGGAGCUUUGCAGCCCUGGAGUAGAGAAUCAAGAGGAAAGUGAGAAGGUUUCUGAAUACCCAGCAGUGAUUGUGGAGCCGGUACCCAGUGCCAGAGUAGAGCAGGGCUAUGCGGCCCAGGUUCUGGUUUAUGAUGACGAGACUUACAUGAUGCAAGAUGUGGCAGAAGAACAAGAAGUUGAGACCGAGAAUGUGGAAACAGUGGAAGCAUCAGUUCAUAGCAGUAAUGCACACUGUACAGAUAAGACAAUUGAAGCUGCUGAAGCCCUGCUUCAUAUGGAAUCUCCUACCUGCCUGAGGGAUUCAAGAAGUCCUGUGGAAGUGUUUGUCCCUCCUUGUGUAUCAACUCCAGAAUUUAUCCAUGCUGCUAUGAGGCCGGACGUCAUAACAGAGACUGUGGUGGAGGUGUCAACCGAGGAGUCUGAACCAAUGGACACCUCUCCUGUCCCCACGUCACCGGACAGCCAUGAACCGACGAAAAAGAAAAAAGUUGGCCGUAAACCAAAGACCCAACAAUCACCAAUUUCCAAUGGUUCUCCUGAGUUGGGUAUAAAGAAAAAACCCAGAGAAGGAAAAGGAAACACAACCUAUUUGUGGGAGUUUCUUUUAGAUCUACUUCAAGAUAAAAAUACUUGUCCCCGGUAUAUUAAGUGGACUCAGAGAGAAAAAGGCAUAUUCAAACUUGUAGAUUCAAAGGCUGUCUCUAAACUCUGGGGAAAGCAUAAGAACAAGCCAGACAUGAACUAUGAAACGAUGGGACGAGCUUUAAGGUAUUAUUACCAAAGGGGCAUUCUUGCAAAGGUUGAAGGACAGAGGCUUGUGUAUCAGUUCAAGGACAUGCCCAAAAACAUAGUGGUCAUAGAUGAUGACAAGAGUGAAACCUGUAAUGAAGAUCUAGCAGCAGCUACUGACGAAAAAUCAUUAGAGCGAGUGUCACUGUCUGCAGAAAGUCUGCUGAAGGCAACCUCUGUUCGUGGUGGGAAAAACUCGUCUCCUCUGAACUGCUCCAGAGCAGAGAAGGGAGUGGCUAGAGUUGUGAACAUCACUUCCCCUGGUCAUGAUGCUUCACCCCGGUCUCCUACUACUGCCACCUCUGUGUCAGCAACAGCAGCUCCACGGACAGUUCGUGUGGCAAUGCAGGUUCCUGUUGUAAUGACGUCAUUGGGUCAGAAAAUUUCGACUGUGGCAGUUCAGUCAGUCAAUGCAGGUGCACCAUUAAUAACCAGCACUAGUCCAACAACAGCAGCCUCUCCAAAGGUAGUUAUCCAGACAAUCCCUACUGUGAUGCCAGCCUCUGCUGAAAACGGAGACAAAAUUGCCAUGCAGCCUGCCAAAAUUAUUACCAUCCCAGCUACACAACUCGCACAGUGUCAACUGCAGACAAAGUCAAAUCUGACUGGAUCGGGAAGCAUUAACAUUGUUGGCACCCCUCUGGCUGUGAGAGCACUUACUCCUGUUUCCAUAGCCCAUGGUGCACCUGUAAUGAGACUGUCAGUGCCUGCUCAGCAGUCCUCUGGCCAGACUCCUCCCCGAGUUAUCAGUGCAGUCAUAAAAGGGCCAGAGGUGAAGUCAGAGGCGGUGGCAAAAAAGCAGGAACACGAUGUGAAAACUUUGCAGCUGGUCCAAGAAGAAAAACCGGCAGAUGGGAAUAAGACAGUGACCCACGUGGUGGUUGUCAGUGCGCCUUCAGCUAUUGCCCUUCCUGUAACUAUGAAAACGGAAGGACUAGUGACAUGUGAGAAAUAAAUAGCAGCUCUGCCGUGGACUUUAGACUGUUAGUGCUCGUACCAACACAAAUAUUUGCAAGGGAUGUCAUCAAGAAAAGUCAAAAGGAGACUUUAAAACUUUUAAUGCAUAUAGGAAAACAAUCAAACUUACUGGAAACAAGUUACCUAUCCCAUGUUUCAGUGGGAAGUGAACUACAUACUGAGAUGCUGACAGAAAACUGCCUCUUACAGUAGGAAACAACUGAACCCAUCAAUAAGAAUACGGAUUGAAAGGGACCAAGCAACUCACUACAAUAUCAAGUUACACUAAGACUUGGAACACUAACAUUCUGUAAGAGGUCAUAGUUUUCAGUGGGGAGGGGUUGGGAUGGGCGAUCUCAUUGUUACAUAGAGCGAUUUUUGAUGCAUUUUAUAUGCAUACCAGCAAAUAUUACUGUGUUCACACAGAACUCACUUAACUGGUGCUAUGUGAAGACUCUGCUAAUAUAGGUAUUUUAGAAUGUGAAUUGACUGGAUCCAAACGUUUCAGAGAGGAUAGCAGAAAAGAUCUAGUGCGAUUUUUUUUAUAUCAUAUAGCUUAAGCUGAUUUAAAACAAAGGCCUUAGACUAAUUUCCGAUUUUCUUUAUUGAAAUAAGCUAAUGGCUUGUUUGUGUAAAGCUUUUUUUAUUAAAAGAAAAAUUUUAAAAACCUUGUACCUAGCACAGUAUUGUUAUAGAAUUUACAUGUAACAUUUUAUAUGGUAGUUUAAGUCUGUCAGUUCCUUGAUUGUUGACAAGUUAACAGUUGGCCCUGGCCUUUCGCUGUAACACGCCUGUGUCACUCUCUCAGACGCACAGCCCUGGCGUCUGCGCGCGCACCAGUUUCGGCUCAGCAUGAAUUUCUGUCAGGUAAUGCUCACUACCUGCAGUUUUCUUUCUUCGUUUUUUUUUUUUUUAAGUUGAAAUUUAAGAGGGAAAGUACCAGUGUUCAGAUUUGAACUAUAAUAGUUUGUAUAUUCAACAUUUGAAGUAUAUUCUAUUUUGUUGUACUCUUGUUUCAAAGUGUAUUCAAGUAGGUUUUCUGAAAUAUAGAAAUUUAUCUUGCA